GUGCUGUACGCGUAAUCAGAAAUUGGAACAUAUCAAGCAUCGAGGAGAUUAAGUUUGUAGAAAAGUAGGACAAUUUUGAUCAGGUAAAUAUAAAUGAAGAGCACGAGGUUCAAGUGUGUAUAAGCUCGUGGAAACCCCAAGGAAACCCCGACACUACUUACUGGAGGUCCUGCUUUGUCUUUCUACCAUGUCUAGCGUAGGGGCAAAGGCUGUCUUUGUUACAUGCCUCGUUAUCAACGCAGUUCUGUGGUCACAGAGUCGAUAUGGACCGUCUUACCAACACCACUCUCUGCCGCAGUCUCUUUGGAAACGGAAUGGGCCUGGGCUAACGCUGACGACGAAUGCAGAGAAGAACUGUUCUCCUCUAUCAUAUUCCGGACCUUUCUCAUGUCCGUCGCCUGAAACAUUUUUAAGCAUUCCGUACUUGUCCUACUACUUCUGCGCUUCUCCACCCUUCCGACCUCUGAUUUUCGCUGGAUUAGUGCUCUGGCUCCUGUUUCUAUUCAGCACACUUGGAAUAUCUGCAUCUGAUUUCUUCACUCCCAACUUGGCGACGAUUGCAACCUCCCUAGGUCUAGAUGAGAACGUCGCUGGUAUCACCUUUCUCGCAUUCGGAAAUGCCUCCCCGGAUGUGUUCAGCACUUUCUCCGCUAUGCGUGCAGACUCAGGAAGUCUUGCCAUCGGAGAGCUGCUGGGAGCCGCCUCGUUUAUCGUAAGCGUCGUGGCAGGCAGCAUGUGCAUCAUCAAGCCAUUCAAAGUCGAGCGAACCUCAUUCCUCAGGGACGUCGGCUUCUUUACCAUUUCCGUCACUGCACUGCUCGUGAUACUCCACGAUGGCCGCAUUCGAGCGGGAGAGUGCGCAUUAUUGGUAGCCAUGUACGUGUGUUAUGCCGCAGUCGUCGUCGUGGGGAGCUGGUGGGAACGGCGGCGUGAUCGAAGGGAAAAGCUUGAAGCCCUCAUACGCGCAGAAUAUGGCGAGGAUGAAACUAUAGUAGAACCCUAUCACGAUGUAGUUACCCCUCCCGCUAACACACUCGCCGUACCUCUCUCACCACCGACACGACACCGGGCGUCAUCGUGUCCCCAACCCCCACGACUUGCACUCCCACCCUCCCACACUCGCACACUGUCAUCCUCUUUCCAUGCACAGUCUCCUGGCGGGGACCGUACUCCCUCGCCCCUGAAUUCACCCCACCUUUCACAGAUGCCGUCCUUCUCGCUGGUCGGGGCGCUCGAGUUCAGGCAGGUAGUGGCAAGCCUGCAGGCACAUGCCGCUUCCAGCAGCUUGUCCAUUUUCGACAGCCCUAUCACCCCCUACGCUGGUGGCCACUACCAUCGACAUGGCGGGAGUCAUGCAACCCGCACUCCAUUGAACGAAGAGGACCUCUGGGACCCAACGUUAGGAGGUCUGCCUCUGGACGAGCGUAGUCCCAGGCUGCUCGUGAACGACUUCAUCUCAGGGGAUCAUGAGCCAUCAUCGUCAGCAAAUGAUGUACAAGCACGCACCUCUACUUCAACGUCACCCAUUCCACCCAUUAUGUACACCCCUGCAUCACCGACGGACGCCGGCUCCACCACCACGACAGAAGUGGAGCCGUAUGUUCCUCCCUCGAAACUCAAGCGUGCAUGGCGGGUUGUGAAAAAGACGUAUUAUAUCCUCUUCCCUGCGCUGCAUCACUUCAGAGAAAAGAAUGCACUAGGAAAAAUAGCGAGUCUUCUUGCUGCACCUGCGGUAAUGGCGCUCACAUUGACUCUACCUGUGGUCGUUAUCCCAUAUGACUCUAAUGGAUCUGCAUCGGAGAAAAUGCACAAGCGCCAUCAUAACGCCGGCGAGGAUGGCCGGUUGAUGGACUUUGAGGAAGACGGUAUCGAGCGUGCGUUGAUUGCGGAGGAAGUGAUGCAGCCGGAUCUUCACGAGAUCGAGUUCAAUAAAUGGCUGAUGGCUGCACAAUGCGUCCUAGGACCUUUGUUUUGUUUAGGGGUGUUAUUCCAUGAUGCGGAUCACUUUACGCUCCUCGCGUUAGGAACAACUGUGGGCGGACUUGCAGUAGCUGCGCUUGUGCUUGUGUUCGCAGAUGGUAGAAGCCACCCUACUGCACGUAUGGCUCGGUGUAGUAUGGGUUUCUUGGUCGCGAUUGCAUGGAUUAUGGCAAUCGCUGAUGAGGCUGUUAAUGUGCUGCAGACAUUUGGUUUCAUCUUUGGACUAUCGGAUGCUAUAAUCGGCCUCACGAUCUUCGCAGUAGGUAACUCCCUCGCGGAUCUCGUAGCAAACAUGAGCGUCUUUGCCCCAAUCAUGGGCUUCUCUGCAUGCUUCGGCGGGCCCAUGGUCAACAUCCUUCUCGGCGUCGGCAUCUCCGGCUCCUACGUGAUUUCUCAAGCUGGUGGUCAGCCAUACACGCUGCACUUCUCCGAUACGCUAAUGAGCAGUACACUCGGCUUGUUGGCACUACUCAUCGCAACACUGGUCGUCGUUCCGCUGAACGGGUACGUAUUGAGUCGCACGUGGGGGUUCUGUUUAGUUGGGGCGUAUUUCGUGGUAAUGGGGGUGAAUCUAUGGGUGGAGUUGCGGUGAUAAAUGGGACUUAUCAUCGAAUGCGUUAAUUUAGAUAUCCUGCAUCUGAUGUCAGUGCUUUGGUAGACGCUAACUCUGCAUGAUGCAUACGUUCACAAUAUCUAGGAGAUUUUCAUGAAUGGAUUUACCAUUGCGCUCUCGGCCUCUGUUUCAUCGUAGUAUUCAUGGAGCGUAGUCCAGUCUCGAACUCGUAUUGAUUACAUCAUGUCAACCACCCCUUGAACAAUCGAGAUUUGAAUAGCACGAGUAACGUUUGUACCAGUAUGGAGGUGUUGCCACCGAAUAUACAU